AUGGUUAAAAAGUACCACGCUGUGACUCGAGGCAAAAGGCCUGGCUUGUACAACUCCUUUGAAGAGGCACAGCAGCAAGUCAUCGGCUUUCCAGGCUCCAAGGUCAAGACGUUCCCUAACCUGAAGUUCGCCGUAGAGCAUAUGCUCGACGUCGGCCGUGUACCAGAUGACGACAUACGAGUAUUCAAUCGCGCCUUUAUAAAGCAGGGCAGCUUCAUACCGCAGCCGUCUAAUUCAAAGAAUGAAGCCUGUGUCGAUGCGAUUCGCGACGAGAUUAUAUAUCAUUACCUUCCCGAAGGCCUCCAUUAUCGGCAAGUGAACCAUCCCAGGGGCCAAAUUCGCCUGGAUGAUGGCCAAAAGUUACUCAUAUACCAAAGAGUGUGUGAACAGACAGGGAAGAGGGCACACAGCCUCAUCCAAGAGUGUAUAGACGAACUAAAAGAUCCACCGUACGUCAACAUUCUAGAUUUCGUUGAUGUGUUCCGUACGGGAGAAACAAUCAGAACCUUCUCGGAUCCACUCAUCUUCCGCGACUACACAAGGGAAAACCCAAUUUAUCUAAAAUACGCAAAGAAGAGCGAAUUCUUAUGCCCUUUUCUGCAGGAUUUGCAGGAAUUGCGACGACUACCGUCUAAACCACGCCGAGACCGUCAGGUCAAUGGUUCGCGGCAAGAAUCUAGGGCGCGGAAAGAUUCAGCUUUGCUUCUAUCACCUCGUCCUGGGAACAAGUUCGUCAAACCAGAAAUGUCCAACGACUCACACAUGGUUCCUCCCGUCGGCAAUUACCAAUCCAGUCUUGAUCACCCUCCAUUGAGCCCACCACUAUCGGAGUCUGGCUCAGAAAAACCCUCUACCAACGUCAAAAUUGAGCCUACUUCUUCUGUAAUGCCGGCUCAAGUGCUAGACGAUAUUGGUGCAUCUCUCGAAGACGACAAAGAGAUAGCCACUCAACUCUUACAGCAGCCUUCAAAAGCGGAAGUCGGACAGGAUAUACCAGAGGAUAUGUUCCAAGACGAUGAGGAAAUUUCCACUCAACUCUCACAACAGCCCUCAAAAGCGGAAGUCGGAGAGGAUAUAUCGGAGGAUAUGUUGGAGUAUAUGAUCCAAGACGAUAAGGAAAUUUCCACUCAGUUGACGCAGGAAUGGCACAUUACAGGCCCGGAAGAAAGUUCACGCACUAAGACAACUGGCAAAAGAAAGCAGAGCCUGGCUUCUGAUUUGACCCACACAGUCAAGCGUGCAGGCAAGAUGCUUAAGACACACAGGUGA